CUUUUGAUGCAACUUCACUACAGCUUUCUUUACCUUCAAUGUGGUGGGACCUGUUGCCCCAAGAAUUUGAUCCUCGGCCUCCUACGAAAGGAGAGAUCUUUUGGACCUUUCAUCAGCCAUUUCUUGCUGAAGCCGGGUACAAUUUGCGACCCAAGUACGAACCAGGAUGGAAGCCGCCGCCAUGGAAGACAAGAUGGGAUAUGAUACGUAGCGAGGAAUACGCGCCACACCCGCGCUACUGCAUAAUGGACGCAAAACGCGCGUCUGAUGGACGGUUGCUCACCCUCAAGCGCAUCUCCAAGUCAAGACACCCCCACGAAGUAUCGAUAGGCAGGUUUCUAUCAUCUACUCCAUUAGCUGGCGAUCCAAAGAAUCACUGCGUUCCAAUCUACGACGUACUCCAGUCGCCGCUGGAUGAAGAUUUUGAAAUCAUUGUAAUGCCGCGACUGCGUCGGUUUGAUAGCCCCGCUUUUGACACUGUCGGAGAGUUUAUAGAAUGUUUCCGUCAGAUAUUCGAGGGAGUAGAAUUCAUGCACAAGCAUUUUGUCGCUCAUCGUGACUGUACCUUGAUGAACAUCAUGCUGGAUCCAAGUGAAUUGUAUCCCGAGGGAUUUAGUCCUGUCAGCCCAUGGCUAGUUCCCGACCACUCUAGCCUGAGACCGGCGAAACACAUUACUCGAACCCAGUGUUGGCCACGGCAUUACCUCAUUGACUUUGGCCUAUCGCGACGUUACGAUCCUUCCAACGGACCGCCAAUGGAACCUCCAAUUAGCGGCGGUGACAAGCAUCCACCAGAACAUUCAAUUAUUACUGUCAACCCUCCUUGGGUCGACGAUUGUAAUCCUUUCCCGACAGAUGUAUAUUAUUUGGGUAGUAUGCUGAAGAGAACCUUUUCUGUGGGCAAAUUUCGUCCUCUACAGUUCUUAAAUUCUCUUGCUGAUGAUAUGAUCUUGUGGGAUCCUAACUUACGCCCUACCAUUGGAGAAGUCGUCCAGCGCUUCGCAGAGUUAUGCAACCGACGGACUAUGUGGCAGUUGCGCCAGCCAGGAUGUUCGAAAAAGGACAUGGUCUGUCAAAGGUUAAGACAGCUAAAGUACAUCCUAUGUCAUGUUCCCCCUUUACCUUCUGCUCCGUUUCCAACUGAUACCACCAUCGACCCAUCACUUCGUACUUUUUACGCAUUGACACCGGCACGACUGGCUGUCUUUAUUGAAUACGGAACGAUCUAAAUAGCGGAUUCUUGACCAUGGCCGCACUGUAACGACGACUUAGUGAGUCUUAUAACGGUACCCUGUACCUAGCACCUUGAAAAUAUAUUAGGAAUGCGACCUUUACGCCAAGAAUAGUAUGUACGCUGCACACCGGGGAGCCACAUCUACACAAGAAAACUCUUAGAUGCAAACGCAUUGUUCAGUUUUAC